UGACUACAAUAUUUGGAGACAAGUGAAAAAAAAUUAAAUUAAAAAAGUUAUAAAACCCAAACUUUUUGCCCCACAAACCACACACACAAAACGACAAAAUGCCGAAAAUUUUUCUCAUCAAAAAUCGGCUGCACCAACAGCAACAACGCCUGUUGGAAUCACAGAAUCUGCUGCAGGACAAAAACGAAGAUGAUCGCCUAGUGCCACCGUUGAGCCCCUCACCGCCCGUGGGCAAUGGCAAGCCGAACACAGCACAGCCUGUCGGCACACGCUCGUUCACACCACCGUCGCGACAUCUGCACAGCCUGCACAGCGGCUUUAGAGGGCACACAUCACCAUCGCCGUCACCACCAGCACUUGUGCCGGCACCGGUGCAGCCGCCCAAGACACCCGAGCCGUUGGGCAAGGCUGAGGCGGCCACACCUUUGUUGGUGGCCAGACGCAGCGCAACACCCACCACAACAGCAACAACAGUUUCUGCGGAGACUGUGGAGGACACCGUCAAUGUGGAACCAGUGAAUCUCCUGGUUAAACCAACAACAGAAACUGCAACAGCAACAACAACAGAAACAGCAGAAACAACUGCUCCGAAUACGUCACUACUUUCGCGUAAACGCUUCCAUCAUCGUCGUUACUAUUUUGGCCAACAGCAAUUGCAAUUGCAACAACAGCAGGAGAAGAAAAUACUUAAUGCUGAUAAUGAUGCUGACGCUGCUGAAGUUGGCGGUACUGCAAUUACACAAAACGAUCGGUUAUCACCAGCAGUUCCAACUUUGGCAGCUGAAGCAACAUCCACCGAAACUACUACAUCACCACUACCACACACAUCAAUCACAUCUCCCCAACCACAAUCACCUCCACACAAGACUCCCUCGCCGUGCGUUGCGCCUGGUCAGGAGGGUUUUGGUAAAGAAACAGAAGACUGUAAAAAGGAUUCGCAGGCGGAUUCUUACAUUUUAUCACCAAAAACUGAUAAAAUCCAAAACCCAAAGUCGAUUGUCGAAAGCGCAGAAGAAGCUGAGGAAGCAGUGCAAACUGAUAAGCCACGUUUUUUCUCUUCGAUUUUAGGUGGUGAUAAACCAUAUAGUGGCGGUGUUGUAUUAACACAAGCGCAACGUAAAGAAUAUCCGGUUGAGAUUGUAAAUCGCCGUUUAACAGCAACUCCUAUUGAAGAUAGUUCUAGUGAUUCUGAUACGGACUCAGAGGGCUCGAAACUUAUUGUUGAUGAAAAACCAUUGGUUCCUGAAGAUAAACCUCUAUCAUUACGUUUGCGAAGCACUCCUCCACCAUUAGAGAAGCGUCCUAGUCCACCACCACCACCAGAACCAGCAGUACGUUGCAGUGUUAUACAACGCACACCAAAACCAGCGCCAACACCACCCCAACGUCUAAAUCAACACGAGGUUCUAUUGCCACCCGGUUCUCUUGAACAUCUCGGUCCUGAACAACAAGAGCCUAUUGACUAUCACGUGCCGAAACGUCGUUCGGCUUCAUUCGAUAGUGACGAAGAACAAAGUGAUUCAUUGAAUACAAAACGUUUAGAACGUGAACGCAAAUUGCGUGAAGCUCGGCGACGUAGCGCUAUAUUAGCAGCACGUGCUGUGCUUGCACAAGCGAGACUUAAUCCACGUCUUGUACGCAGUCUACCCGGUAUCUUAGCUGCAGCAGCUGGACACGGACGUACAUCGUCUACAGGUGCCGGUCAGGGUUUCCAAGGCUCGAGUGGCUUUGGGGGAAAUAAUUCCGGCAGCGGUAACAAUCAAAGCCCCAGCGGAGGUGCAGGUUCACCGACAGGUUUUGGUGGUGCGCUCGGCGGCAGCGGUGGUGCAGGAGGUGGUAUGGGCGGCGGUCGUGACGGUCGCAGUAAUUACGGUCCAAAUUCUCCACCAUCUGGUGCUCUCCCACCUUUCUACGAAAGUUUGAAAAGUGGAAACACAAUGAAUUCAUCAUCAUCAUCAGCGAAUUUUAACGGAAAUUCAAAUUUCCUAAUACAAAAUGCGGCAGCAGCUUACUUAAUGUCGGCAGCCGGUGGAAAUGGCGGUGGCCAACAACAUUCGAACAGUUAUAUAGACUGUAGCACAACGAAUGGGAAUAGUGUUGGCGGUGUAGGUAGUGGUGUGAAUGAUAGUGGUAGCGGUGGUUUGGAGAUCACUACAUUUGCUAAUGGCCAGGCGUACGGCAUUAUAUUGAAGGAUGAACCAGAUAUUGAGUAUGACGAAGCCAAGAUUGAUAUUGGUGCCUUUGCACAGAACAUUAUACAGGCAACUAUGGGGAAUUCGGGAAAUUUUAAUGCUGCGGCCUAUGAAGACGCCAUCAUGUCGGACUUGGCCAAUUCGCAAGGCCCCAACGGUUCGGUAGAUCCAUUACAAUUCACCGCCACCCUCAUGCUGAGCUCACAAACCGAUCACCUACUGGAACAGCUUUCCGAUGCAGUCGAUCUUAGUUCUUUUCUGCAACGUGAAUGCGUGGACGAUGAGAAUUCUACCAGUCCUCGGCAGGAUUUCGAGCUGGUCUCAACACCAUCGCUCACACCCGACUCAGUGUCCAUAACACCUGUGGACAGCAAUAACACCAACAAUUUGGAUACAUUCCACGAGUCGCUUAUACAACAAAUAACCAACAACAUUUCACGCAACCACAUCGGCAGCAAUCAAAAUGGUAACAUGCAAUCGUAUCCAUUCGAGCGUCAACAACAUAUGAAUGGUAAUCAGCAACAUAUGAGCAACGAACAGCAUAAUGUGAAUCAUCAGCAACAACAACCACCACCAUCCUAUCAACAUGCAACACGUGAUCUAUUGCAAAUGCAGCAGCAGCAACAACAACACCAUCAUGCACAAACGCACUCGUAUCAUCAGCAGCAACAACAUCAAUCCAAUUCCAUGUUGCAACACGGUGGUCCAAUGUUGUUGGCCCAACAGCCACAACAACAUGCCUACCACCAACAACACGGUCAUGGAUACGGUGCAGCGCAGCAUCAUCACCAGCAACCGCAUCACAUUGUGCCGCCACAUCAUAUGCAACAUCACCAUCAUCAUCACAGCAGCGAUAACAGUAAUUUGUCGUUGCCAUCACCGAAUGCUGCACAUCUGUCAGCGCAUCACGGCAUGUCAUCGGCAGCGAGCAACUCAUCGGGUGCCUCCACGUCCGGUUUGCUGGACGCCAGCACGGCCAUGCUUGACACCAAGCCGCUGAUACAAAGCGUAAGUCCCACACAUUCGACCGGCAGUUCCAAUGCAAGUUCUUGCGGCGGCGUUAUGGUUUCUAGAAAAUUGAGCACAAGCUCCUCCUCUGGUGGGUCGUCAGCGAUGGUGGCGACAACGUCACUGCGUAGUGUGGCUGCCGCAGCGGCAGCUACAGCCGCUGGCAUACUGCCACCAUCGCCCACUGUCGCCAUGCUGCACGAAAGCAAAGUGCUACAGCAGAGGUUGGGUCUACCGCCUGAGGUGCAACUGGAAUUUGUCAACGGCGGUCAUGGCAUCAAGAAUCCACUCGCCGUGGAGAACACACACUCCGGGCACCAUCGCAUACGUAGCAUCGAUUGUGUGGAUGAUUUGAAGAAGAGCGGUAAUAUCAGCACCGAUGGUUCGGAGAGCGGUGGUGGCGGCGGCGGUGGCUGCAGUGCCGGUGACGGUUCCAAAUUCGUCUGUCGCAUUUGUAUGAAAGCUUUCUCGCUGCAACGCCUCUUGAAUCGGCACAUGAAGUGUCACUCGGAGAUCAAACGGUAUUUAUGCACCUUCUGCGGCAAGGGUUUCAACGACACCUUCGACUUGAAGCGUCACACGCGCACGCACACCGGCGUGCGUCCGUACAAGUGCAAUUUGUGCGAGAAGAGCUUCACGCAGCGUUGCUCGCUGGAGUCGCACUGUCUCAAGGUGCACAGCGUGCAGCAUCAGUAUGCGUACAAGGAGCGACGUGCUAAGAUGUAUGUUUGUGAGGAGUGUGGUCACACAACUUGUGAACCCGAAGUGCAUUACAUCCAUCUGAAGGAGAAUCACCCGUAUUCACCGGCUUUGCUGAAGUUCUACGACAAGCGUCACUUCAAGUUCACGAAUUCGCAAUUCGCCAACAAUUUGCUGGGUCAACUGCCGAUGCCGGUGCAUAAUUAAGCGGCUUGCUGCGCACAUAUUUAGAACGUAGUUAGUUCAAUUGACACACAUUUGAGUUUUCUAAAAACUGCCCAUAAAAAACGGAGAUUAUAUUACAUAUACAUACAUAUAUAUUUUGCUUACUAGCUUUUACCACUGUACUAUAUAUAGUAUAAUAACAUUAUUGAAGGCGUGUAUUUCAUUUAAGUUUAUUUUUGGCGAAAUUUUUUUAUUGUGAAUUAUUUUUUUAUAUUUACAAACACCUUUAAAUUUACUACCAAACAUGUUUGCGCUGCAGACUUGCUGUCGAGCAGCGCUACAGUGUACAGCUGGUCUGCAUUGCAAACAUAUACACAUAACGGUACAUUAAGCAUAUAUUUAUUGAAAGACAUAACGGUUAGGUAAAAUGUUAAAUUUUUUAAGCUAUUGUAUAUUGUAUUAGAGAAUUUGAAGUCAUCAUUUAAGUUGGUCACACACUGCGCAACUAAUUCUCAUUAACAUUUAAGUUUGUAAUAUAUUUUGAGGAAAGUUU